AUGGCACCUCCCCCCGCUCCCAUUUCACCUCCUGCCCAGUCACCCACCAUUCUGUCAAGGGAGCCUCUCGCAAACAUGACUUCUGGAGACAACACUGGAGUAGGCAUUGGACCCGGGCCUCUUCGUCAUCCCAGACCUCUCACCGCUGCAGACCUUCAUAUGCAACUUGAGAAGGAACAAGAGGCAGUGGUCAACCGCCUCACGCGCGAACUCUCUCUUCUACGCCAGCAGUCUGCUUCAGUGGCAUCGACGACCUCCUCCGUUUCUACUGGCCUACCAGAUGCUACAGAUCAGAACGCAAACCAUCUAAUCUCAGGGCCCAGUCACCCUACUCCCUCACGGCGGCAUCGAUCAUCCUCCAAUCUGAGCGCUCGAAGUUCAAACACAGCUGCGACUACAGCUACUGGCAUUACUGGGACAAGUGGAAGCACCGUUGGCACGACAGCAGGGGUAGCCGGAAGCACAGUAUCAGGCAUCGCACCCGCGCGAGACGCCACAGCCCCAUACUCAUAUGCUCGAGACCCUCUUAGCAGGCAAAGCUCGGUCGCGUCGCGGCGAUCCGAAGCCUCCUCGCCCUCUUUGUCUUCCUCACUAUACCAAGGUGAUCACUUCCCCAACCUCCAUCCACAUCGACACUCUGGCUCAGCAUCGUAUAAUCAAACUUCAUCCUCGUCUCAGCAGACCAUGAAUCAAGGAAAUACACGCGUACCGUCGACGCAACGGUACGAAGAAGCCGCUCAUCAUCGAACAGAGCUCGACAUAGUGAAGCGCGAGAACGAAGCUUUGCGAAGGCGCAUACAGGAAUUAGAAAGGAGCCUUAGCGGUCGUCGACAAUCAGGAACUGGCGUAACAAGGAGUGGAUCUGUGAGCACGAAUGCCAGCAUCCCACCAACAGCUGGUGCAGGAGGGCGCGGCAGAGGCAUUGAGGAGGAUGAGGAUGCCGUCCAUGUGGGCGAGAGCGCUGGUAGCGUAGGAUUUGGAGGAGGUCAUUGA